AGAGGGGAGAGAGAGAGAGAAAGAGAGAGAGGGAGAGAGAGAGAGAGAGAGAAGAGACUCCCCGGCUCCCUCCCUCCCUCGCACACAGCGACUGGAGACGGUCGGAGAGCAACGCGCUGGGAGAGGAGAGACCACCGAGAACAGCCCCGCGCUCUCACACAUACACUCACACUCGGCUCUUUCCUCUCCCCCCCACCUCCUCCUCCUCCUUCCACCCCCACCACUAACACCAUCUCCUCCUCCUCUCUGCAACAAGAAAAAAAAAAGCCAUUUACAGGGGGUGAUGUGCAACUAAUUAAAGGCAGACUGGCAGCGUCUGCAAAUUCUAAGGCUCCCCAAAUAAAAAGAGACUGUUGUAACAGUUGGAGGAUAAUGCAAAGGAAGACGCUGCCUGGGAAUUCACCGUCUGUGGACAUGCGCCCCAGAGAGGAAUAAAGCAGUCCUCACCUUGCUCUCCCCACCCAGACCCACUUUCCCCUCCCGCCUCGGCCCCCACCCCGACACCACCAUCACCCCCUUCCCUCCCCCCCACCUCCCCCCCUUUCCCACCCAGGUGUCGGACCAGACGGUCCCCACUUCCACCCUGCACCCCUUCUUCCCCCCCUGCACCAUGAACACCAAUGUCUGCGUGGAGCCCGGGCCGAGCCCGGAGGCCCCGGGCUUGCCCAAGGAAAGCCACCUGCCCGAGGGGGCCCUGAACAGCCUUGUGGAUUACAACUCGGAGAUGGAGCGCUACCGCUCCUUUGCCACCUCCUUCUACAAGACCAACGGGGGCGCCUUCCCGCAGGCGGCCAAGAUCGCGCGCAUCACCACCCCCAUCUUCCCCAGCAGCGCCGCCGCCGCCGCGGCCGCCGCGCGCAUCGGCAUGUCCCCCUGGAACUGCGACAACGCGGCCACCGCCGCCGCCGCCACCGCCAUGCUCUGGGGCAGCGGCGGGGGCGGGGGCGGCGGCGGGGGCGGCGGCGGCGGCGGGGGCGGUGGCGGGGGCGGCGGGGGCGGCAGGAAAUCCUCCUCCGCCGCCGCCUCCUCCUCCGCCUCCUCCUCGGCGAUUCUCCCCGCCGGCGGCGGCGGUGGCGGCGGUGGUGGUGGCGGCGGCGGUGGCGGCGGCGGCGGCGGCGGUGGCGGCGGCGGCGGCGGCGGCAGCAGGACCAGCAUGCACCACCGAAACGACUCCCAGAGGCUGGGGAAAGCUGGCUGCCCGCCAGAGCCGUCGUUGCAAAUGGCAAAUACUAAUUUCCUCUCCACCUUAUCCCCUGAACACUGCAGACCUUUGGCGGGGGAAUGCAUGAACAAGCUCAAAUGCGGCGCUGCUGAAGCAGAGAUAAUGAAUCUCCCCGAGCGCGUGGGGACUUUUUCCGCUAUCCCGGCUUUAGGGGGCAUCUCAUUACCUCCAGGGGUCAUCGUCAUGACAGCCCUUCACUCCCCCGCAGCAGCCUCAGCAGCCGUCACAGACAGUGCGUUUCAAAUUGCCAAUCUGGCAGACUGCCCGCAGAAUCAUUCCUCCUCCUCCUCGUCCUCCUCAGGGGGAGCUGGCGGAGCCAACCCAGCCAAGAAGAAGAGGAAAAGGUGUGGGGUCUGCGUGCCCUGCAAGAGGCUCAUCAACUGUGGCGUCUGCAGCAGUUGCAGGAACCGCAAAACGGGACACCAGAUCUGCAAAUUUAGAAAAUGUGAAGAGCUAAAGAAAAAACCUGGCACUUCGCUAGAGAGAACACCUGUUCCCAGCGCCGAAGCAUUCCGAUGGUUCUUUUAAAGCAGUAGUAUAUCUUAUUUUCAAGGCAUUUGGAAGUGAAGGGCAAACUAAUGUCUUGUUUUAAGAAACUGCUUAGUCCACCACUGAAGAAAAUAUCCAGAUAUUAUUUUCAUUUUAUGUAUAGGGGUUUCUUCAAAAAAAAAAAAAAGGAAAAGAAAAGAAAAGAAAAAAAAGACAUAGAAAUAAUCUGGGAGCUUGGGGAAUUGGCCAGUCUAUUUACUUUCAAUACACUGAUUCUUUCUUUGAUGUAAUUUAGCUAUACUAGUGAAGUUGUUGUCUAUUUUGAAAGUGGCUGUAAAAAAUAAGUUUGGGUAAACCCCUGCUGUAAAAUCAUGUAUCUUUGCAAAGUACAUAUCUAUACUUCAUUUUCAAAUAUAUGUGUUUCAGUACUGUAAACUGUACAGAUAGCAGCUUGUAUUUUGUGUGUUUAGACACAAGGAGACAAUCAUGUCUGAGCAUCUAUGGAGAUUAACAGUUUGUACACAACACUAUGGUUCUGCGAGUUAAAUCUGGAGCAAUAAAUUUUAGCUUUAAAUAUUUUUUGCCAGUUGUUUCUAGAAGCAGCAACAGCAGUGGCAUGUUUUGCCAUGCAUCUUUCCGUAGAGACUUGAUGCCAAGUUUUACAAGACUAAAAGAUGAUCAUGCAUCCAGCAAUUACCUUCGGUUGUAUUGUUCUAAGAGGGGAAGAUGUUAUGAAAGUUUCAAUUAAUCUUUUGAGCACUAUAUUAGAGUAGUGGUUAUGCACUUGCAUUGCUUACAAACGAGCUGUACAGAAGGGUAUACCUCCCAAAUCCUUAGUGUAGUUGACUUGUCUUGGGUCGCACUGUAAGGCGGAGUACUCAGAGUAGUUGGAACAUGCAGAAUCGGUUGUAUAAAUUUUUUUCUUUAAGCAGUGUCUUCUAGGAUGCAAGAUAAAGUAUCAUGUCUUAGGGAAGAAAUUCAUGACUGACUUUUAUUUUUCCCCAGCCCAA